CCGACUGGUGUCCCGAACUCAUCAGAAAACUGGUCGAUUCUCAUGGCAGCGUGGAAACUCACAGUCCUCUUCGCUGCGGUCUUGCCACUUUGCUUAUGCCAAAUCACCCCGGAAGUUUUGCCCGAGUUCUUAGGACCAUUGGAAAAUCACACGGUGAUCCAAGGUCGUGACGUUUUCUUUACCUGCGUCGUUAAUCAUCUGCAAUCGUACAAGGUAGCCUGGAUAAAAUCGGAUUCCCGAGCGAUUCUGGCAAUACACACGCACAUGGUGGCGCACAAUAACCGAAUAUCCGUCACGCACAACGGGCACAACACGUGGAAGCUGCACGUGUCGAAUGUCCAGAAGAACGACUCCGGUACCUACAUGUGUCAAGUAAAUACCGACCCUAUGCGCAGUCAGAUGGGAUACAUGAAAGUAGUGAUACCACCCGAUAUAAUGGAUGACGAAUCCGCAGAUGGCAUGGUCACUCACGAAGGGGGCAAUAUAAGAUUGCGAUGCGUCGCCACUGGAUUGCCGAAACCUAUUGUCACUUGGAAACGAGAGGACGGCCGAAACAUCAUUCUCAGAGAAGACGGGCAGAAACAAU